CGGCGGUAGUCGGUGCUCGGUUCCCGGUGCUCGGGACUCGGCCGGGUCGGCGGCAGGUCGGGGCCGGGCCGGGCCGGGCGGGAGAGGGGCUGGGCGGGGGCAGCGCCGCGGGCUGAGGGGCGAGCGGGCGGGACCGUCCCCUCAGGCCGCUCCCUUGUUCCGGCCGCUGCUUCCCUCCCCUCAGCGUGGCCCGAAGCGCCGCUUUCCGUAAACAGGUGCUGUGUUGGAUCAGCAGAGACUUCAGACGUGAAGGACUUGUGGUGAAAAUGGCUGCGGAGAAGUGGAAAGGCUGGGCUUCGAAACAGCAGAAGGAGGCUGAGCACGGCGGGGAGAGGGAGCCGGGCGUGCUCCUGGGCCGGCAGCUGCCUGAAGCCGGGAGAUUCGCGUACGCGGCGCUUUGCGGGAUAUCCCUCGCCUGGCUGUUCCCUGAAAACGAGCAAAGCUCCUUCAGGACAGAAUUCAUCAAGGGCUUUGUGAAGUGGCUGGACCUGCCUGAUGCUGUCUUACCUGCCAUGACAGCCUUUGCUGAUGGCUUAGGAGGUGAGGGCACAGAAACUUUCACUGAAAUUUUGCUGAAGGAUCCCAUCUUGAAAGAAAAUCCACUUCUCAUUACCCAGGACCUUUUAUCGUUCUCUCUUCAAGAUGGAUCCUAUGAUGCUCGAGCCAGGGUGUUGAUCUGUCGUGUCAGCUGGCUGCUGAGAAUUCCCUUGGAAGAUCUGGAAGUCCUGGAGGAAUCUCUGCUUGAGAACCUGAAGGAACAAAAAGAGGAAGAAUCAGAAACUGCAGAAGUCUCAAGAAAAAAGAAGGAAAGAAGGAAAAAGCUGAAGAGAUACCUGCUGAUCGGUCUGGCAACUGUUGGGGGUGGAACAGUGAUUGGUCUGACAGGAGGCCUGGCUGCCCCUCUGGUUGCUGCGGGAGCUGCCACAAUCAUCGGGAGUGCUGGAGCAGCUGCUUUAGGAUCCACUGCUGGGAUUGCUGUCAUGGCAUCCCUUUUUGGAGCAGCAGGAGCUGGUCUUACUGGAUACAAAAUGAAGAAACGUGUGGGAGCCAUAGAAGAGUUUGAAUUCCUCCCACUUACGGAAGGGAAGCAGCUCCACAUCACCAUAGCAAUCACUGGAUGGCUGUGCACUGGCAAAUAUGGGAGCUUCACAGCCCCGUGGAGCAGCAUGUUGCACUCGAGUGAGCAGUACUGCCUGGCCUGGGAAUCCAAGUACUUGAUGGAGCUUGGCAACGCUUUGGAUUCCCUGCUGAAUGGCUUUGUGAACAUGAUGGCUCAAGAAGCCCUAAAAUUCACUGUCUUGUCAGGGAUUGUGACAGCCUUGACUUGGCCAGCGUCACUCCUGACUGUUGCCAGUGUCAUUGACAACCCCUGGGGAGUGUGUCUGCAUCGCUCUGCUGAAGUGGGCAAACACCUCGCACACAUCCUCCUCAGCAGACAGCAGGGCCAGAGACCUGUCACACUGAUUGGCUUCAGCCUGGGUGCCAGAGUAAUUUACUUCUGCCUGCAGGAAAUGGCUCAGGAAAAAGACUCACAAGGGAUCAUUGAAGACGUUGUCUUACUGGGAGCUCCAGUGGAAGGAGAAGCCAAGCACUGGAGAGCUCUCACCAGAGUGGUGUCAGGCAGGAUCAUAAAUGGCUUCUGCAGGGGGGACUGGCUGCUGAGCUUUGUUUACAGAACCUCCUCUGUCCAGCUCAACGUCGCAGGCCUCCAGCCAGUCGACCUGGAUGACAGGAGGAUGGUGAACAUGGACCUGUCCUCUGUGGUUUUCUUGUUGUAUUCUGUAUUUUACUCUUCUCCAUCUUCCUCUUGGAAUUGCUGAAGGUAAAUUGAGAAUAAAGUUGGCAGAGAUUUUCAGCAAUGGAUGAAUCCAGCAAAAGCCAGUGUUUACUCAGAAUUUUCAACAUUGAUCACAAAACAUAUCAAAGUUUGAUGGAAAAAACUCUUGGAAAAAACUCUUGCCUUGGUGUCAAAUUGCCUGAGGGUGUCUGAGGGGAACAUCCCUCAAUUACCACCCUAGAAGUGACAAUGACUGGAUCAAUCUGUUGUGGCUGAAAGAUGAUUGCAGGGAAAAAUUACAGUCUGGCUAAAAAAAUAUCACUGCAAUGAAAGAAGAACUUUUACCAGUCAAGUGAGUUUUGAAAUUAGAAGAAAAAUAAGAAUUGAAUGCCUUAUUCUGUCCACAAGGACUGUGAUUGUGCAAAGGGAUGAUGUGAAAGCAAAGCCUCUGAGCCUCAGCAGAAUAAGUCUUUAUUCCCUCAAUUUGGCAGAGCAGAAAUAGAAACAUUAAAGAGGAAUAAUGCAAAUGGCAUUGUCAAGAUUUCCAAAAUAAAUUCAGCUCUGUCAGUUUUUCCUCAAAUACAUUUUUUAUUGGUUUCUCAAGGAUUGCUGGUGCCCAGGAUGCACUACUGCUGCAGGUGCCAAAUUCAAUUGGUGAAUUGAAUAAAUUUUUAAAUAAAUCCAUUUAAAUUGUAGCUUCUGAAUUAUUGGAUGUAUUCACUGUCCUCACUUUGACAUUGUUUCCUGAGGAUCCAAACAGAAGAAUUUUUUUCCUAUUCCAACUACAUUCAGCACAGCCUGUGUCAAGGUAUGUUGAAUGUUUUCUGUUUCCUGAUGUGCAAUCUGCUCUGUCUCUGGUUUUCCAGCUCCUCUGCCCAGGCAGCAUCAGGGCUUUGCCAUGAGCUGUCAGAAAACUGUGGGAAAACCCAGGACAUUUUCUGCCAGGCUGAGAGGGGAUUGUUCAGCCUGGAGAAGAGAAGGCUCCAGGGAGAGCUCAG